AUGGCGCGCAGACCCGCGGCGCCGGCCGCCUACGGGGAGGAGUUCUCCUUCGUCAACCCGCUGGUGAAAUACCUGCUCUUCUUCUUCAACAUGCUCUUCUGGGUGAUUUCCAUGGUGAUGGUGGCUGUGGGCGUCUACGCUCGGCUGAUGAAGCACGCAGAAGCAGCCCUGGCCUGUCUGGCGGUGGACCCGGCCAUCCUGCUGAUCGUGGUGGGUGUCCUCAUGUUCCUGCUCACCUUCUGUGGCUGCAUUGGGUCCCUCCGGGAGAACAUCUGCCUCCUGCAGACGUUCUCCCUCUGCCUCACCGUCGUGUUCCUGCUGCAGCUGGCCGCGGGGAUCCUGGGCUUCGUCUUCUCAGACCAGGCUCGGGGGAAAGUGAGCGAGAUCAUCAACAACGCCAUUGUGCACUACCGCGAUGACCUGGAUCUGCAGAACCUCAUCGACUUCGGCCAGCAGAAGUUCAGCUGCUGUGGAGGGAUUUCCUACAAGGACUGGUCCCAGAACAUGUACUUCAGCUGCUCGGAAGACAACCCCAGCCGUGAGCGAUGCUCUGUGCCUUACUCCUGUUGCUUGCCUACCCCCAACCAGGCCGUGAUCAACACUAUGUGUGGCCAAAGUAUGCAGGCCCUCAACUACCUGGAAGCUAGCAAAGUCAUCUACACCAACGGCUGCAUUGACAAGUUGGUCAACUGGAUACACAGCAACCUCUUCUUACUUGGCGGGGUGGCACUGGGCCUGGCGAUUCCCCAGUUGGUGGGAAUCUUGCUGUCCCAGAUCCUAGUGAGUCAGAUCAAAGACCAGAUCAAGCUACAGCUCUACAACCAGCAGCACCGGGCAGACCCGUGGUACUGAGAGCCUGCCACGCACUUCCUCACCGGGGCCACGGGCAAACCUCAGCGACCCUCGGCCGCGGCUGCUGAGAACAGCACCAGGUGGAGAUUGGUUUCCGGCACCCCAGCAACUGCAGUCCAGUGAGAAGUAAAUGGCCGAGGGGCCCCAGGCAGGUGCACAGGUGGCCCAGGGCUGGGAGGCCGCGCCUCGUCUUCCCUCAUCGAGCCCUCAGCAUUGUUAUAGAUUUAUUUCGUAUGGUUUCUAACCUUAAGCAUUUGGGUUUAUAGUUUUUUUUCUUUUUCUAGCUUUGUUUGGGCAGAGAUGUUUGGGAAAUAGCCCCUGCACAGAGAGUUGUGGGGGCACUUGCCGCUUGCACCCCAAGGCACUGGGGCUGCCAGCUCUGUUAGGGCUGCUGCAGAGGUUGGUGGACUUAGAAUCUGACUGUUGCCAGUGAGACCUGGCAGUGGAGAGUGGACACCAGCAGCCCCUGCCUGGACUGGCCUGUUCCCAGCUCCACCAGGGAAAGGAGUGGAGCAGGCCGUGGAGCUUGGGGGUCGGCUGGGGACAGCGGACCGUGCUGGGGAGGGGUGGAAGGGGAUCUGUUUACCAAAUGCCUGCCCUGCCACCCUCCCAGGUUCCGAGUGAGCUACAUCCUGCCCCUCCCUCGUUUCCAUGGAAACGUGGCAGCCAGGGCAAGGGGUACAACAGCAGCCAAAUUCAUCCCCACCCUACCCCCUCUGAAAAGUCUGGAACCAUGGCCUAGGCACUUCACAGACAGCAGAGUGGGUCCGAGCCCUGCAAUCCCGCGAAUUCUUGCCUGCCCGUACCCCUGGUCCAGCAAAUGGGGUUUUCUUUAACUUGGCAGCGUGAGGAGGAGCGGUGGUGACCCCCCCACCCCACUUUCCUGCACCAGUGCUCAGUAUUUCUACCGUGUAAGAAGCAGGCAUCUUGCUAGAGCCUGGGGGAGCCAGAAGUGGCAAUAAAAGUUUGUUGACCUGGGCUAAGCUGGACUCCAUGGAUUUUCCAUUCUGGCAACUGGAAGGGGAGACACAGUAACCGGCCCCACCCGGGGACCCCGCGACUCCACAGUAGCUGUUGGGGGCCCACACGCACCCCAUCUACCUCAGCCUCAUCUCUCCAGUCUCCAUGCCCAUUUCUGAUCGGGGACUGGCGUCCUUUAUCCCAUGCUGUUAAUGUU